AUGAGCGAAUUGAACGAUAGCGGCCCCCAAGUGCCGUCUAACGGGAAGAAAAAGGCUGCCGCACCUCGCAAGACAAAGACGACGGCAUCAGCAGUUGGCAAAGUGACAGCGGGGGCCAAGAAGACAACGAUCAAGAAGAAGCCAGUCAAGCAAAAGAAGCUGACGGAUGCUUAUGACAGCGACGCCCUGUCGGACACCAAGAGUGACGAUGGCUCCGUGUACGAUGUAGAGGCCAGUGGAGAUGAAGAAGUUGUUGAGUCGGUGGGGGACACGGGCACGGCCAAGCAGAGUAUCGAGCAGAUUUACCAGAAGAAGUCACAGCUGGAGCACAUUCUGCUGCGGCCUGACACAUACGUGGGCUCUAUCGAGCACGUGGAGCAGACCAUGUGGGUGUUUGAUGACGAGACGAAGAGGAUGGUCAUGAAGAGGAUCACGUACGUCCCGGGUCUGUACAAGAUCUUUGACGAGAUUAUUGUCAACGCGUGUGACAACAAGCAGCGGGACAAGUCGAUGAACACGCUCAAGGUGACGAUCGAUGAGGAGAAGAACGAGAUCUCGGUCUGGAACAAUGGCAAAGGCAUUCCGAUUGUAUUGCACAAAGAGCACAAGGUUUAUGUGCCCGAACUGAUCUUUGGUCACUUGCUCACGGGCAGUAACUUUGACGACAAGAAGAAGAAAACGACUGGUGGACGGAAUGGCUACGGUGCUAAACUCGCCAACAUCUUCUCGAACGAGUUCAUUGUGGAGACAGCGGACUCGAGUACGAAACAGCGGUACAGACAAGUGUUCGAGAGCAACAUGAGCAAGAAAAACCCACCUUCGAUUACAAAGUGGGCUCAAAAAGAUUUCACGUGCAUCUCGUUCAAGCCUGAUCUGGAACGGUUCAAACUGAAUUUUCUUAAUGGCGAUAUCGUCUCGCUAUUCAAAAAGCGUGUAUACGAUGUCGCAGGUGUCUCGGGCAAAGGACUUAACGUCUUCCUCAAUGGCGAGAAGAUCCCCAUCAAAUCGUUUCCGCAAUAUGUCGCGCUGUACCCUGGGCCUCGUGGAUUCGAAGCUGAAAGGGACACAAACGAGGGCGAGGACGACGUUUCUCCGGAAGAAACUAGUGGUGGUGGCGAUGAUGACGAAGAUUACAGUGAAGAAAACCCGAAGAAGGUGAAGGCGACCAAAGUCAAACCGUCGAAUGUUACACAGAAUGGCGUGAUAUUUGAAAAGCCAGAUGAGCGCUGGCAGGUUGGAGUUGGCAUGAGUGAAGAUGGUUUUCAGCAAGUGAGCUUUGUUAAUGGCAUCUGCACCACAAAGGGUGGUCAGCACGUAAACUACAUUGUGGACCAAAUCGCAACCAAACUUGUCAGUGUGUUGAAAAAGAAGAACAAGGGUGACGCUGUCAAGCCAAACUACAUUAAGAAUCACAUAUUUAUCUAUGUGAGCGCGCUCAUCGAGAACCCCGCCUUUGACUCCCAGACAAAAGAGACGCUGACGACAAGAGCCAACAGCUUUGGAUCGACUUUCAACCUGAGCGACAAAUUCUUGAAGCAAGUGGAAAAGAGUGGGCUGGUAGAAAAAAUCCUCUCCUUUGCCGCAUUCAAGCAGACGGCAGAGCUGCGUCGGAAAGGUGGAAACGGUGGGAAGCGGUCACGACUGACGGGUAUCCCCAAGCUGGAUGACGCUAAUCAUGCAGGAACAGCGAAAAGCAAGGAUUGCACACUGAUUGUGACAGAGGGGGAUUCUGCCAAAACUGUUGCUGUUGGCGGUCUUGCUGUCGUCGGCAGAGACUACUACGGCGUCUUCCCGUUGAGGGGCAAGAUGUUGAAUGUCCGUGAAGCAAGUCAUACUCAGAUUUUGAAGAACGAAGAGAUUCAGAACGUGGUCAAGAUUCUCGGUCUCAAGUAUGGUCAGAAGUACGAGUCGACGAAGGGCUUGCGGUACGGCCACUUGAUGAUCAUGGCAGAUCAGGACCACGAUGGUAGCCACAUCAAGGGACUAGUGAUCAAUCUUAUUCACCACUUUUGGCCAUCACUGCUGCAGAUAGAUGGGUUCUUGCAAGAGUUCAUUACUCCGAUUGUUAAAUGCAGUAAAGGGCGAACGAAGGAGGUUUUCUACACGAUGCCCGAGUACGAAGGGUGGCGCGAACGAACGAACCAAGGGCGUGGCUGGAUUAUCAAGUACUAUAAGGGUCUGGGUACGAGCACGGCAGCUGAGACCAAAGAGUACUUUUCGGAUCUGCCGACUCACCAGAUCGGGUUCAUAUACGAUGGGGAUGGUGACGCGGACGUAAUUGAUAUGGCGUUCUCGAAAAAGCGCGUUGAAGAUCGCAAGGACUGGCUGCGAGGCUACGAACCUGGGACUCACGUCGACUACGAUGUUGACGCCAUGGGUUACACCGAUUUCGUCAACAAAGAACUCAUCCUGUUUUCCAUGGCCGACAACAUUCGCUCGAUUCCAAGUGUCCUCGAUGGAUUCAAGCCCUCACAGCGAAAAGUGCUUUUCUGCUGCUUCAAGCGUAAUCUUCGCUCGGAGCUCAAGGUGGCGCAAUUAGCAGGUUACGUAUCCGAGCACUCUGCGUACCAUCACGGCGAGCAGAGUUUGCAGGGCUGUAUCGUGAAUAUGGCACAAGAUUUUGUUGGAAGCAAUAACAUUCACCUUCUGUCGCCAAUCGGUCAGUUUGGUACGCGUUUGAUGGGCGGCAAGGAUGCGGCAAGUUCUCGUUACAUUUUCACCAAUUUGGAGCAACUUACCCGCAAGAUCUACGAUCCUUUAGACAAUGAUGUGCUCAAGUAUUUGGAUGAAGACGGUCAAUCGAUCGAGCCGGAGUGGUACAUUCCGAUUAUCCCCAUGGUGCUCGUCAACGGCACCGAUGGCAUCGGAACAGGAUGGUCCAGUUCCGUUCCGACGUACAACCCACUAGACAUCAUCAAAAGUCUGCGGAAGAUGAUCAAUGGAGACGAAGUAGCUCCUCUUGUUCCGUGGUAUCGUGGUUUCACUGGUCACAUUGUGGAGAAAACGAACUUACGUGGAGUAGAUACGGGCAAUUACAUCGUCCAGGGUCUAUACGAGAUCACGGAUGACUCCACGCUCGUAAUCUCAGAACUUCCCGUCAAGAUGUGGACCCAAACUUACAAGCAAUUUCUGGAAGGGCUGCUUGAAGCGGGUACAAUCAAGGAUUUCAAGGAGAAUCACACUGACGUCAAAGUGUUGUUCACAAUUACGAUGGAGCCCAAGACUUUGAGCGACAUUGCCAAAGCACCGGGAGGAAUCGUGAAGAAGUUCAAGCUGGAGUCGUCCUUGUCAACUUCCAACAUGCAUCUUUUCGACAGAGAAGGACACAUUAAGAAGUACGACAGCCCCAAAGAAAUCAUGGACGAGUUUUACACCGUCCGCCUAGAGUACUACGGGCGCAGGAAGGAGUCUAUGCUGCAGAAACUGCAGGACCAGAUAAAACUUUUGUCGAAUAAGGCGCGUUUUGUUCUGUCAGUGGUGGACGGCAGUCUGGUUGUGAACAACAGGAAAAAGCAAGAGCUUCUGGAAGAAUUGGUGGCAGAAGGAUACGAUCAAAUUACAGCAAAAUCAAAGUCGAAGAAAAAGAAUGACAGCGACGAUCCGAGUGAAUCUGAGGAGGAUGACGACAAUUUGGCUGAUGUCAGCAGAGGCUACGACUACUUGCUAUCGAUGAAGAUCUGGAGCCUGACGAAGGAACGCGUCGACAAGCUACGUCGCGAGCUUCACGAUUGCGAGAAUGAGUAUGCUGUCCUGGAAGGCAGGACGGUGGAGAAUUUGUGGCUCACAGACCUUGACGCUUUGGAAAACAUGUUGAUCGAGACGGAAAAGGAACGAGAGAAGGUCUUGUCGCAUACAUUCAAGAAAAAUGGUGGCAGGGGUAAGAAAGCUGCUACGAAAAAGAGGAAGAGGAAGAAUAAGAAUGACAGCGAUGAUGAAGACGUCGAUGAUGAUUCUGACUUUGAAGUCGAGGGGGUGAAGAAGCCUCGCGCAAAGGCCAAGCCAAAGGCUCCAGCCAAGCGGCCAGCUAAGAAGGAGUCCGCCAUGAACAAGGCUGGCGGUACAAGUAAAAGCAAAUCGGAUGACAAUGGGCCCAAAUCGAAUGACAAUGGGCCCCAAUCAGGCGCCAUAACUGCGUUUUUCCAAUCGAAGGAACCACCAGCAGUCAAGAAACGCGAAGAAGAGGUCGAAGAGCUUUCACUCGCCGAGCGGCUUGCUCGAAGACUCAAAGUUUCUCCACAGAAUGCAGCGUCUGCUUCAACUUUGACACCAAAGCCAGAACACUCAACCAAGCCUGGUGCGACGAUUGAUAUGGAGGAUUUCGACGACAACGUGACUGCUCCCGUAGAUGAUGAUGAUGACGUCUUUGCGAUGGAGUCAGAUGACGAGGAAAAGAAGGCUGCGGUGAAGUCCACAGCAAAGCCGAAGGCUCCUGCGCGUAAACCAACUGCUAAGAAACCAGUUGCGAAACCCAAGAAGGCCGCACCGGUAAAGAAGGCUACAGCCGUCAAGAAGAAGCCGAAGAAGUCGCCACUUGAAGAGGAGAGUGAUAAUAGUGAUGGCGCGGCCGGCGAUGAUGUAGUUCUUGCUUCGCCAGUAGCUCCUCGUCCGAAGCGUCAACUCCGCGCGCACAAGCGCGUCGUGUAUGACGAAGUAUCGAGUGGUGAGGGCAGCGACCAGGAUGGGAACAAUGACGAGGAAGAAAGUUUCGCAUUGGAUGAUGCGGACGACAGCGAUUUUGAGUAA